CGAAGAUUGUACCGUUAUCUGAUCAGCCGGUCCAAGAUAUCGACCCUUCGUCUGCCGUGUUGCCGCAGUCGCAUCUUGCAGCUUUGGCCGAGCGUUGCUCGAGAACUCAGGUUGUUCAGGUCUUCUAGUCCGGCGAUGGAGUGCCCUGUCUGCAUGGAGCUGGACACACCGUCUGCAGCCACUGCCUGGCGUGGCUGCGGACGCGGUGCUGCCCGCAGUGCCGCAGGGACAUUACGGACCCGAUCACAUCUUUGCCCGACAACUUCGCCGUACUCGGCCUUGUCGACGCAAAGCAGCGACCCAAGUCACCACGGCCUAGUACCUCUGCGGCUCCAUCUCUGAAGAUGUGGUGCCACGACUGCGGUAAGACCACCGCGGACGUGGAGGCAUGCGUGGACCGCGGCCACGCCCUCUGCUCACUUGGCAAGCUGCGAAAAACGCGCUUGGAGCAAGCGGCCCCAUUAAUGCUGCAGCUGGAGGACAUGGUCAAAGCAGAGCUGAAGAUUAUGGGGAGGCUCGAGGGCGCCAAGAACACCGUUGAGGAGCUGCAACGUGAGUGUCGAACCAGGCUGCGGCAGGUAAGGGACGCGCAGAAGAAACUGCGGGUGGCGAUGGACGACGACAGCGGCGACCUGGAGACCAGCGACCUGGAGGUCCACAUGCCACAGGGCUUGGACAAGCUGCAGGACGCCGUCAGCCUGCUGGAGGGUCUGGAAGGCAAAUGCGGGCUUUGGCACCGGGACGGCUCUCAGUGGAAGGGUGACGUGCGCGGCAACCGGAGUCUACUCGACGCGCUCGUGCUGCAACUGCACCACAACGGCUGCAUUACCAAGGAAAGACCAUCGCGGGAGCAGCAGCAGCUGCAGCAACGCGUACAGCAGCAGCAUUGGCAACAACUGCGGCGUGGCAACACAGGCCCACCGUCUAUUGGGGUUCAAGGGCAAUGGUCAGCGACACUCGGCCGGGAGUUGAUUCCCUGUUACGAUGAGGGGGGUAUCUCCAACUAUCUACCAAUCCCACUUCCCUACUAUAUUCACCAAUAAAUCUGACCCCCAUUUAAAACGGAUUAUUUGACAAUUUAUUUAAUUUUUGGUUCCUCCAUUUAAAACUAAAUAAUAUGAAUGAAAAAUGCAAAAUAAAUGAGCUGAGCUCACUACUUCCCGUAUAAGUUGCCCUAAAUAAUUUUGUUUUCGGACGACAAUGAACAAAACUUGAUUGCCAUCGCUCUAAAUAUUCAGACUUGCAAGUCUGAAUUCAAAUUUCUGACAUCAAGUCACACUUUUCAGACAAUUGGUCUUAAUAUUCGUACCAUUUUAUGAAUUUGCGAUUCAGACCACAAAGUAAGACGAAAUCAGUCUGAAUUUUAGUAAUUUUUUUUAACAGUGUAGCGACACAUUUACAGUUAUUCUUGAGAAGUAUAGAGUCUCAUAAUGAGACUCCCAUUCCAAGGGGCGCUUUUUUUGUGAGUGGUUGUCCCACAGCGUCGCAAUGAGAGGGUGCUCGGCCUCCACCUUUGCCACUGAUAGUGCGACCCACAGCACCGUGACCACACAGACUGGACAGCAGGGUGGCACACUGGUGGCACUGGCAGACAAGGGGCCGCUUGGUCCUAGGGCGACAAGGCGGAGCUAGAGCGGCUGGCCGGCCUGACGAAGUAGGGUUGAAGCCGCGGGACAACAGAUGUACCCCUCCCCUUCCCUCCAUUUCCCCUCUCCUUCCCCUCCCCUUCGAGCUACCGGUACGGCAUGUGGCGUGACAAUCUUCCGCAGAAUAUUACGCUAAUUCUGUCGUCCAGCCUGUCCCCUCGGACAGCGCCCGGUCCGGCCACCCACCGCCCCUCUCUCUCUUACUUGGAUGCCUGCCGCUGGCAAAUUUGAAUCUCCCGCCGCCGCGUCGUUCCAAUUCCAUCCGGUUGGCAUUCAAUCUGCUUCAUGCUUCGCAGGGUGUACCGGGCUCCUGGGCACCCUGGUGAUCGCUGUUCGAAUCCCCGCCGCUGCGGAGACUCUUAUUUUUCUGUCUGUUGUGAAACGUGAUUUCCGGGAACUUCCUUGACUUCUAGCGCCGUGCUUGUUACGAAGCGAAAGCCCCGGAUAAAGUAAAAAGAGAGAAAAAACUCGGAAAGAAACACAAAUUAAAAAGGAGCAGAAAAAGUCGUGAUAAUCUUGCAGCUAUCAACCCCUUUUUGCUCCAGGCAGUGCCUGCCGCGCCAGAGGGGACAAAGAAACGCGUUGAUCGAGCUUUGAAAUGCCUCUUUCUCGCCGCAAGGGUUGUGCGGAACGGAUACACUGCAAAACGUUAAAAUGUUUCUCUGAAGUCAAAAGCAAUACAGGGGUAAGUUGAGGAAGAAAAGUACAGAAUAAGAAAAGUACACUCUUCUGGAGCUGGAUUUUCCAACGUUGAGCCAUCUUUCGACCGGUCAAAGUGUAAAAUUCUUGUGAAAUUAUAAAUUUUUGAGAAUUGCUGUCGAUUGUAGGCCAAAGGGGGUUAUUCUUUCAGCGUCCUGUACUUAUUUAUCUUCCCCGGAUUCUAACCCCUACUGUUUUUUUUUUCAAAUACCAGAAUACAAUUGGUUUAUAGCUUUUACAGUUUUACCAUGUACUAUUCAAUAAAUGUAUUUGAACCAA